GGCCGGGUGGAUAUGCGCAAGCAAAGUCGAGGAGCUUUAUUCUCCCUCUCAUAUGGGAUCAUUGCCAGCAAUGGACAGAGAGAGGAGGGAGUUCAGCGGCUGGCGUUUCUUGAUUUUCACGGCUAUAAACGCGCUGAGCAUCGCAUAGAGACUCUGAUCUCUUUAAUUGUCACAUUAGGGAAACUUUAAUAGCGUUUGAAAUAUAGUGAAAGUGAGCUACCCAAACGUUAUAUAGACCCCACAGUGGUCGGAUCCAAAAAGAGGCGCAACCAUGACGACCGAGAGCUCCCAGCAACAUUUGGAUCCAUCUAAUCCUCCGCGCUCCAGUCCAGCGGCCGGUGCUCUGAACGCAGCUCUGCUGAGCGCACAGCCGGUGAUGGAGAGCGCGCACACAGCAUCAGCUAAAGGGAAGAAGGGAAACUCGGGCUUGAGGCGCCCAGAAAAGCCCCCCUACUCAUAUAUUGCCCUCAUUGUGAUGGCAAUUCAAAGUUCGCCGACCAAAAGGCUCACUCUGAGCGAAAUCUAUCAGUUCUUACAGGCCCGGUUCCCUUUCUUCAGGGGAUCAUACCAGGGAUGGAAAAACUCCGUCAGACACAACCUGUCUCUGAACGAGUGUUUUAUAAAGCUGCCCAAAGGUCUCGGCAGACCUGGCAAGGGGCACUACUGGACCAUCGACCCGGGGAGUGAGUUUAUGUUCGAGGAAGGCUCCUUUCGUCGCAGACCUCGGGGGUUUCGCAGGAAAUGCCAAGCCCUGAAACCGAUGUACAGGAUGAUGAAUGGCAUCGGGUUUGGUGCGUCUAUGCUGCCACAAAACUUCGAUUUCCAGUCCCCUUCAGGCUCAUUAUCCUGUCAUAACAGCUACAACAUUGACUUGAUGGGUAACCCAGUUCCAGGUGGCUUUGAGGGACUUGGAGGGGGGCAUCACGUCCCACACAUGCCAUCAAGCUCCGGGUCAUCGUACAUGGCUGCAUGUCAGGUGGCCUCUAACGCGGACUAUUGCCCGGACAGCAGCAGCAGCCCCCUACAGUCCUCACCAGCGAUGGUGGGCACUCUGGACUGCCAGUCGCCUUAUGCAAAUGCAGCCUCGCACUGGAGUUCACCUGGUGUACCUUCAUACAUGAAACAGCAGUCACUAGCAUCAAGCAGCCCCACUUCUUCCACUCUGCACUCGGGGAUGUCAUCUUACUCUCUGGAUCAGGGCUAUCUGCACCAUAAUGCACGAGAUUCUUCUGACAUUCCAGUGGGACUGUCUCGAUAUUCCAGCCACUCAGCUCCCGUGUGUGACAGGAAGGACUUCGUCUUGAACCUAAACGGAAUCUCUUCCCUCCACCCCAGCAGCGGAGGAUCCUAUUAUCAUCAGCUUCAUCACCAUCACCAGAGUGUCUAUCAGGACGUAAAGCCGUGUGUCAUGUGACAGAAGAUAUUCGCAAAUGACCUUUAAAGACAAAACUGUCCAGUGCUUUUCAUCUAAAUACAACCCUCAGGCGGAGUAUGCUGCAACAAAACCAUUAGUGACGAAAAGGCGAUUUUUAUUUUCUGAAGACUCAGAGUGAAAACAGAGACAUUUCCCUCCAGUGAACUUUGACCUUUUAAACCCUUUAGUAAUGGUUAUGAUAUGGAGGGGACUUGGUGUGGCACUUCACUUUCUCAGUACAUGUCUGACUUUACACACAUGGAUAAGCAAUAUUUACAUCUUUACUGAAACAAUACAUAAAACACUUAACUGAAUUAAUCUUUAUUCAUGCACUUAAUUUUGUUUUCCUGAUGUUACUGAAAUUGUUGCUUAUUUUCUGCAAAAAGCCAUU